AUGAGCCGGCACAGCAAGAACGCGACGGCCACCAUGCACUUCACGUACCACGAGCGCGCGGCCGCGGGCCACGGCACGCUGAAGCGGCGCUUCGGGCGCGACGCGCAGCUGUCCUUCGGCGUGUGCUGCCUGUGCCUGGCCUCCACGCGCGGGCGCAGUCCGCUGGCGUCGCCCGCGGGCUUCGUCUACUGCAAGGAGUGCAUCUACGCCAACCUGCUGGCGCAGAAGCGCGCCAUCCAGGAGAACACGGCGGCCUACGCGCGCUUCUUGGAGGCGCACGACCGCAAGGCGCAGGACGCGGCGCUGCAGCAGGAGCGCGACACGCUGCGGAAGGCGCUGGACGCGGCCGAGGGCCAGCAGUCGAUGACGGCUGCCUCCUCCUCCUCCUCCUUGGAGCCACAGGAGCGCGCCGCGCUGGCCACGCGCAAGCUGCAAGAGAAGGUGGACGCGGCCACGGACAACGAGCGGUGCGAGGCUAUGAAGCGCACGAGCUUCUGGAUUCCGGAAUGCACGCCGUCGCAGGAGACGACGGUGGCCAUGCCCGACACCAAGACGCGGGACCCCAUGAGUCUCGACGAGAUGAAGCUCAAGCACCUCCUGCCGAUCAAGUUCGAGUGGGACGCUCCUGGAGACAACGCCAAAGAGGCCCACGUGCUCUGCGCCGUGACCAAGAAGGAGAUCUCCCACCGCCGCGCCGUGCUGCUGAGACCGUCCGGCCAGGUGGUGCUGGAGAGCUGCCUCAAGGACAUGGUGCUGCCGAGCAUGACGUGCCCCGUGACGGGUCUGAAGCUGCGCAAGCAGGACAUCGUGCACCUGCAGGCGGGCGGCACGGGCUUUAGCGCGCACACCGUGGAACUGUCCGAUGACGACGCGGUUGCGGAGAUGAUCCUGAACUUCAAUGGAGAGUCGCCCGCUAAUGUAGCUUCCGUUCACGAAAGCCAACGAGGAGAUACUGAUGUUAUUUCGUUUACCAGUGGGCACAUGCGCGCGAUGGUAGAGAACGUUCCGGAGUGCCUCGACCACUUCAAGCGUGCAAAUGAGCACUGGCGGUUCGUGCGGAUAGUCAUCGUCGACAAGGACGUGCGCGAGAUCGAUGUGAUUCGCAAGAAAUUUCCAGAGGCGCGGAUUCUUCUCUGCCACUUUCAUGUCAUCAAGUGGCUUCAUGACACCAUCAAGAAAUCUCAGACCUAUGGCGUCUACGAAGCAGAAGUUUUGACGCAGAUGAAGCACACCAUCACGAACAUGACAUACUCCAGAACUGAGGAAGAUUAUGCGUGGCAUCGGGAUGAGUUCAAGAUUCUGGCCUCGCGGAAUGGUCGUGUGGAGCUAUGGGAGUAUUUUGACAAGAACUGUAAUGCGUGCCGAGAGAUGUGGGUGAUUGCUUAUCGUGUCGAUUUGCCACACUUCGGCAAUCACACGAAUAAUCAUGUCGAGAGCCUAUUUGGUAAGCUGAAACGAAAGCUGAAAGGCCAUCUAACUAUGCGUGCUAGUCUGGAGGUGCUUCUGGAAUAUCAGCGCCGAAAAGAAGAAGCAUAUCGGUCCAAGGUCGGGAUGCCAGGUACCUUGAGAGACGCAUCGAACUCGGAGGAGUUGAACGUCGCUUUGGGCAUGACGGCGCGGUGGGUAGCUGCUGCUCUGAAGACGCAAUUUGACAUUGCUGCGAAUCCCGAGGUUGUCGAUACCUACGCUUUCAAGGACAAUGGCGCUACGAUCACCGUGGUUUCGACAGAAUCGCAUCUCGCAACAGGACUUGAUGGAGGUGGAAAAUCCGUUAAGAUCUACAAGGAGCAUGAAGCUGCGAGUGCUGGCAGUUUGAGUGAAGCCGAGAAGUAUCGGCGUACGCAGCAGGCGUUCGGUCGGAUCAGAAGCGAGCUUGUCCGAUGUGAUAACACUGGGUUCGAGUCUGCGAUGAAGCAGAUUGACCAGUGGUGGUACACUUACGUCAAGGGCGGUUUCCGCUGGUGCAAGCUGAUGCAGACCUGGUCGACGACUCGGGCCCCGAUCGAGAUGACGCUGCUGGUGGUGGCGGUAACAGUGGAAGCCGCGGAGGCGGUGGAGGUAGCCCAGGAACAGAGGGAAGACGAACCUCCGACACAAGUGGCAGCCCCCGCCCAAAAAUCGGUGCAAUCAGGUAAACGCUCAAAGGUUCGACUGACAAACAAGAGGCGUAUCGGUCGACCACGGUUGAAUCGUGCUCAUAUGAGAGAGGAGGCAGCAUUGGCGCUGAAAGAAUACAACAAUGGAAUGAAACUCAGAGCUCUACUACGAGAUAAGGACGUGACGGAAGUGGUAGCAACGCUGGAAGUGAUUAAGCCAGGUGUCCGCGAGCUCAGCUCGUUUUUGACAACGCAUGAAACAAAGAAGAAAGGUGACGGAAAGUCAAUCCAGUGGAUGUCGGACACGGAAAAUAUUUGCGAGGACGUGCGCUUCCGCCCACUGGAGUCCGUCGUUGAAGACGCUCUAGCUAAACGGAGAGGUGGUUUGGCGAAAGGGGAGGAGAUUGAGCUGGACAGUGAUGGAGAGGUGACACGCGAAACGGAAGGUUACGUGGCCGCCAUUGAGACAGUUGGCAGAUUUACCCGGGAGCAGUUAGAAGCGCUGCAGUCGCUGUGGAAUUGGCAGGCUACAUGCCGGAAUGCGGUACUGUGUUGCACAUGGCUGAGCCAAGACGUGAAAGACCUUUUCUGCUUCAGAGACUCCGCUUGGCUGAACGACAACGCCUUGCGGGCGUUUAGCGUGUUUCUGUCUACUUACAAGAGCAACGUGACGGUGAUGGUUACUUCUCUCAAGAAGGUGGACCGUGAAGGGCGGCAAGUGAAGACGUUUGACAGCAUGGGUGGGAAGAGAAACAAGAAACGACUUAAGAAGAUGGCUAGCGAGCUCCUCGCAGAUCCCCUUAAGGAAGAAGCUUACAGCGACAUCGAAGUGACGGGGCCGAAGCAGACAGAUAGCGAUAGCUGCGGGGUGUUCCGUCUAUUGUGGACGAGCGUUGACAGCGAAGUGCCAGGUGAUGUGUCUCCCAGUGACAUCACCAAGCUGCGCUGGGCAAUGCUGCACAAGAUCAUCACGAUGAAGCGUAGUUAUGCUGUGAACGGCAGCGAGCAAAACCUGUACGAGUAG